AUUUUCAAAUGAUGACGUCGUCGUCAAACAACAAACAAAAAAUUGCCACACCCAAAACCCAAUCAACCAAUUCCACUUCAUAAUUAACCGACAAACAUAGAUUUAUAUAUAUAUAUAUACUCCAAUUUAGAUCUGUGUAUGUGUGUAGAUGGGGAAAAAAAUCAUAUAGGGCACUUGGGUUUAGAUUCUUUAGAGUAAAAUGGGAACAGAAACUUCGUCAUCUGUGGAAAUAUCGGAACCUCUGCUUCUUGAAUCUGAGAAGAUCAAGGACGUUGAAUACGAGGAUUUAGGGAAAAUCCCAGAAUGGAAAGAUCAGAUAACAAUAAGAGGGUUGGUGGUGAGUGCUAUCUUGGGAACACUGUUUUGUAUCAUCACCCACAAGCUCAAUCUCACUGUGGGGAUCAUUCCCUCCCUCAACGUCGGCGCCGGAUUGCUUGGUUUCUUCUUUGUCAAGUCGUGGACUACAUUCUUAUCCAAAUUAGGGCUUUCCAUUCAGCCAUUUACCAGACAAGAAAACACUGUGAUUCAGACCUGUGUGGUAGCCUGUUAUGGCCUCGCUUUUAGUGGGGGAUUUGGUUCCUAUUUGAUUGCUAUGGAUGAGAGAACAUACAAACUGAUUGGUGAGGAUUACCCUGGCAACCGAGCAGAAGACAUAAAGAACCCAGGCUUGUGGUGGAUGAUUGGUUUCUUAUUCAUUGUCAGUUUUCUUGGGCUAUUUAGUCUUGUUCCACUUCGCAAGGUUAUGGUCAUGGAUUACAAGCUUACAUAUCCUAGCGGAACAGCCACAGCGAUGUUGAUCAACAGCUUUCACACAAGUGCUGGAGCUGAGCUUGCAGGGAAACAAGUGAGCUGUCUUGGAAAAUAUUUGAGCAUUAGUUUAUGCUGGAGCUGCUUUAAAUGGUUCUUUAGUGGUGUUGGAGAUUCAUGUGGAUUUGAUAAUUUUCCCAGCCUUGGCUUGACGCUAUUCAAGAACACGUUCUAUUUUGAUUUUAGUCCAACUUAUGUUGGAUGUGGUCUUAUCUGCCCUCACAUUGUCAAUUGCUCAGUUCUUCUUGGAGCAAUCAUAUCAUGGGGUUUUCUAUGGCCCUUCAUUUCCCAAAAGGCUGGGGCUUGGUAUCCGGUUGACCUUGGGAACAAUGAUUUUAAAGGUCUUUAUGGGUACAAGGUUUUCAUAGCCAUUUCCCUUAUUCUUGGGGAUGGCCUUUACAAUUUGAUUAAGAUAAUAGUAGUAACUGUCAAGGAAAUGUGCAACAGAAGCACCAAACAGAAGAGUCUUCCUAUCUUGAAAGAAGAAUUAGAUAGUGAGGCUUCCAAAUUACUAUUGGAGCAAAGGAAAAGAGAUGAAGUAUUUUUGAAAGAUAAGAUACCAUCAUGGUUUGCGGCUUCUGGAUACGUGGGUCUGGCUGCAAUCACUACAGCUACAUUACCAAUCAUCUUUCCACCCCUUAAGUGGUAUCUGGUCCUUUGCUCGUAUAUUAUUGCCCCUGCCCUUGCCUUCUGCAACUCCUAUGGAACUGGACUCACAGACUGGAGCUUGGCUUCAACUUAUGGAAAGAUUGGUCUUUUCAUCAUUGCUUCAUUAGUUGGAAGCAAUGGCGGGGUCAUAGCCGGAUUGGCAGCAUCUGGGGUCAUGAUGGCCAUUGUGGCCACUGCAGCUGAUCUCAUGCAAGAUUUCAAGACAGGCUACCUCACUCUAUCAUCAGCGAAGUCUAUGUUUGUGAGCCAGUUAGUCGGAACAGCCAUGGGUUGUGUCAUUGCCCCACUCACAUUUUGGUUGUAUUGGACUGCUUUUGAUAUUGGGUCCCCAGAUGGUCCGUACAAAGCACCAUAUGCUGUUAUAUUUAGGGAAAUGGCCAUACUGGGAAUUGAGGGCUUCUCUGAGCUUCCGAAGCAUUGCUUGGCCAUGUGCUGUGGGUUCUUUGUGGCAGCUCUGAUUAUAAACCUCUUGAGGGAUGUAACUCCGUCAAAGAUUUCCCAAUUUAUUCCUAUUCCAAUGGCAAUGGCGGUUCCAUUUUAUAUUGGAGCUUACUUUGCAAUUGACAUGUUUGUUGGGACUGUGAUACUGUAUGUGUGGGAGCGAUUGAAUAGGAAGGAUGCAGAAGACUAUGCAGGGGCAGUAGCAUCGGGGUUAAUAUGUGGCGAUGGGAUUUGGACAAUACCAUCUGCAAUCCUCUCCAUUUUCAGGAUAAAUCCACCCAUUUGCAUGUACUUUGGGCCCUCUUUGAGUCGCUGAGCAGGUAAAUCAUGCACUUGAUUGUAUUCAUCUGUUAUUUAUAACUGGAAUUGUUUUUGGGACCUGUAAAUACUAAAUAUUUACGAUUUGCAUAAAUAUCCAUGUGCUCUUCUUUAAA